CCUUUAUUACCUGACCCCAGCUCAAGAUCAGUCCUCAGAAGAUGUCUUAGGCUGAAAGUUUGAGGGGAUCUCUGAAACUGAAAGUCUUGAUGAGUCUGUAAAAUCACUUCAAAGAAAUGCUAAGAUGUCAUUUUCGAAAAUUCCAGAGGAUGAUUUCUGGCAAUAAAAAUACCAUACUCGCACAAUGCGAUGAAAAAGUCGAUAGAACAUGAGAAGCUUAGUCCUAAAUUAAUGAUGAAAUUUACAAAGAUGUCUCUAACUCUCCAAAAGGAGCAACGAAGAAGGUUUGAACUCGAAGCGAAGCUCUACAGGAUCACUCAAGCAUGGGAGGAGGAGAAAAAGAACAUUAUAAUAUCUACUAGACAAGAGUUACAGGACUCUUUUGAUGAACGUGUUAAGAAGAUCCAGAAACUAUUCCUUGAAGAGACCCAGAGUAUUUAUGAAAACUACCAAAAAUUCAUGACCGAAUAUAAAGACCAUAAAUUUGUGAUAAAGAAGUUUGGUAGAAUAGUUACAGACCAAGAGCUUAAAAUAGAUUCAUUGAGAAGGGAAAUUUACAACACAAUUAAAUAACGAACCUGGUCUCAAGUUCCUGAUCAAAAAUCCUAUUAUGAAGAAAGAACGGUUAAGCAAGGAGGAUAUCAUUAAUCUUCUAAAAGGAGCCAGCAAGUAUCUUCUCAAACGUGAACAAAUGGUGCUCAAAAGGCUUUCUAGACCAGUCCAGAGCCUUGAGGAGCAAGACAAGAGGGAAUCUGACUCCCUCGAGCUUAUGAAAUAUGAAUUCGACAGUAUUAAAUAAGCUCAAUGCACUAUUAAUCGAUGAAAACACUGAGCUUAAGCAGUAUAAAAUUAAAUUUGAACUCAAAUGUCAAGAAAUCGAGCAAAGAAUGAAGGCCAAGUAUUCCUUAAACAAAGAAAGUGCUGAUGAGAUCAAGGAAAAUUAUGAGAAAAAAUUACAAGAACUUGUUGAAGAAAUCAGGAAAAUUAGAGCCUAUUUCAAGUCGGAAGUGAUCAUCAAGGAUAUGCUGAUCAAACGGCAUAAAAAGUACACCCAUGUUUUGAAAUAAGGAGCUUGUGCUAGCGAAGAAUAUUAUGAAGAAUCCCAGAAUGGUUAAGAAGAUGGAGACUACAUUCAAUUUUGACAGCAUGGAUAUUUAUCAAUAUGAUAACAACAAUAUAAGUGUCUGCAGUGACGAUAAAAUGUUUCAUAAGCAAAGCUUUAAUGCUAACUGGUCUAUCAUGAAGGAGCUCCAGAAAAGCAAGAAUUUUCCAAAACGGUUCUUUUCACCUCAAUCGAGAGAGAAAAAUAGCAAUAAGCUGAACUUCCAGAAAACCAAUAGGUUGACUAAUAUGGGAUCAGGGAAUAUCACUCUGGAUAAUCAGGCCUCGUUCUUUUCAGAAGAAGUUGCUGACCAGACUGAUUUCCUGAAACCUUUUGAUAAAUCAGCAAUCCCUCAAUUUAAGAUUCGAGUUAAACGAAAUAGGAGAUAA